AAUGACACCAAGAAGAUGUAUGCCAUGAAGUACAUGAACAAACAGAAGUGUGUCGAGCGCAAUGAAGUAAGAAAUGUCUUCAAGGAACUUCAGAUCAUGCAAUGUCUGGAACACCCCUUCCUGGUUAAUUUGUGGUACUCCUUCCAAGAUGAGGAGGACAUGUUCAUGGUGGUAGAUCUCCUGCUGGGUGGCGAUCUGCGUUAUCACCUGCAACAAAAUGUCCGCUUCCAAGAAGACACAGUGAAACUCUUCAUCUGUGAGCUCUCCAUGGCACUGGACUACCUCCAGAAUCAACGCAUCAUCCAUAGGGACAUGAAGCCUGACAACAUUUUACUUGAUGAGCAUGGACACGUGCACAUAACAGAUUUCAACAUUGCCGCCAUACUGACCAAGGAAAUGAAAAUCACCACAGUUGCUGGCACCAAACCUUAUAUGGCCCCUGAGAUGUUCAACUCAAGAAGACAAACAGGAUACUCCUUUGCUGUUGACUGGUGGUCCCUGGGAGUGACUGCUUAUGAGCUGCUGAGAGGCCGGAGGCCAUAUCAAAUUCGCUCUGGCACAUCUACUCAUGACAUUGCUCACAUGUUUAAGACAGCAAUUGUGACCUUCCCAGCUUCAUGGUCAGUAGGAAUGGUGACACUGCUGAAAAAGUUGCUUGAACAAAAUCCUGACCACAGAUUUUCUCAGCUAUCAGAUGUCCAGGACUGCUCCUACAUGGCGGAUGUGAAUUGGGAUGCAGUUCUGCAGAAGAGGCUGAUGCCAACUUUCAUUCCUAAUAAAGGCAGACUGAACUGUGAUCCCACCUUUGAACUUGAAGAAAUGAUUUUAGAGUCCAAUCCUCUUCACAAGAAAAAGAAACGACUGGCAAAGAAAGAGAAGGAUACCAGAAAAUGUGACUCCUCCCAGCAGGUUUGCCUUCUUCAGGAGCACCUUGAAUCAGUCCAGAAGGAAUUCAUUAUUUUCAACAGAGAAAAGGUAAGAAAGGAACUUAACGAGAAGCUGGCACAAGCCAAAGACCCAGAAGAUGGUCAGAACAACAACCUGUGAGAUCUUCUCCAUCCUCUUUCCGCAACAUUAAUAACUGCUCUGCACAUGGGCGCUGUGCCAUGUGCUUCUAAAUCCUCCAUUUAGAAUGCUCAGGCAGUAGUUCUUGCCUGCCCCCACUGCCACCUACCGAUGCCCAAAGCACGCUAUGGUAGAGCACUAGACCAGAAGCCAGGAGACCUGGGAUCUGGUCCCAGUCCUGCCACUUAUCAACUCUGUGCCUUUGGGCAAGUCACUCCCCUCUCUGGGGCUCAGUUUCCCUCAUCUAUAAAAUGAGAUAAUCUGAUACAGAUCCCUGUUAGCUCUAAUAGUCUAUGAUUCUAAAUAGUGUUGGAGGUUUAUGCUUUAGUGUAGUACAAAGAAUGUGGGACUUAGACUAAGAAAGAUCUGGGUUCAAAUCCCAGCACUGACACACUGUGGCCAUUGGCAAACAGCUUCACCUUUCUGAGCCUUGGUGGAUAAUGGAGGUAGUAAUAUUUACACUACCUAUAUAAGACCUACCUCACAGGGUUGUUGUGAGGAAAACACUAUGUAGUUGUGAGUUCUUAUUAUAUUUAACCCCUUUUCUCCUCCUUGUCACACUGUGGAAAAUGUAAGGAUUGGGGUGAGGCCUUUCCAUCCUAGCAAACUAACAAAAAGAGGUCGGAAUGCCUUAGCCCAUCUGAGCAUGAAGUAGAGGAUUCUGUUAAGAAAAAAAAAGAAUGGGACUUAACCAUAAGGAUCUAUGUGAAAGAGAACCCCCAAAACAGGGGCCUUCUCACAGUAGCAUGGCCCUUCAGCACUAACCAUCUCAUUUA